AUGGCGGCCGCGUCCUGCCCGGCGCUCCUGGCCGCCUGCCUGGCGCUGCACCUGGCCACAGCCCGGGGCGACGGCUGCAGCGGCUUCGGGAACCUGUUCACGGAGAUCGCGGAGAACAGCGCCCACGGGAGCCUGGUGGCGCGGCUGCCCCCGCCGGGGGACGCGGGGGGCGCGGGGGGCGGCGCCGGCCUCCAGCUCUGCCUGGUGGGCGCCGACGCCGCCUGGUUCUACCUGGACGGGCGCAGCGUCCGGCUCAACGUGUCGGCAGGGCGGACGCUGGACCGUGAGGAGCUGGAAUCCCCGGUGCUGAUGGUGGCCCUGACGUGUGCCGAGGACGGCUCCUCCCCGGUCGAGUUCCGGAUCAUCGUCCAGGUCCUCAACGAGAACGACAACCGGCCCCACUUCCAGGGGGCCACUGUCCUCACCCACAACGUCAGCGAGGUGACAGUGGCACUGCGGGCGCCUAUCAGGGACAGGGGUGGUGACAUGUCCUGCACACGGUCAUGGUGA